AUGAAUCACAGCAAAGUCGAAUUUGAGCCUUUCGAAUAUUCCUACUAUGACUAUUCAGACUGGUACUCAAACAACGCAGAGCCAACCAAACCACCCAAAGAAGUUAUUUUACCAUGUGACCCCACAGCGGACGACAAGCUCUUCCACAUAUGCAUGCUGUCAAUAUCUCUGGUGAUCAUGUUAAUCCUGGCAGCUCUCAGCAGGAAAAACAAAUUCUGCCAAGGAUUCGCAAGAGGAUCCUCCAGUAUUUUCAGUCCAACCAACUUCCUGGACCAGACUCAGGAAAAAGGCCUGGUAAUGGCUGUUUUUGGACUGGUGUUCAGCAAGCUGGCCAUGCUGGUGAUCGCCCCGGACCCACUGCCUUUCUCCAAAGAUACUCCAGCAGAACUUAAAGAGUACAUGAAGAUAAUCGCCAUCUUUUACUACCCAGUCCUGUAUUACCCUCUGUUGGUCUGUGGCACUCUGCAGCGUAAAGCAGGCUAUGUGUUCGGGACCCUGCUCUCCUUCAGUCACUUCGGGGUCCUGGUGUGGCAGAAGUUUGACUGUCCAAAGACUCCAGAGAUCUAUAAGUACUAUGCUCUGCUUGCGAGUUUGCCUCAGCUGGCCUGCCUUGCGUAUCUCUGUGUCCAGUUUCCUUUGCUGUUUGUCAAAGGACCAAAGACCGAUGAGGACCUCGACAGCAGCUACUACACCAACUACGUGAAGUCACUUCUCAAGAAAAGGUCCUCGGCUGUCAGCUCUUCAACUACCGACAAACCAACUCUGGCAGAGAGAAUACUGGAGGUGCCUAAGGGCUAUAUUUAUAUUCCUGAGAAAGUGUUUCGUUUUCCUCUGAAGCUGGCGGUGUCAGCGUUUGUGGCCUUUGUGGCGAUAUAUCAUGCGGCCCUGUUGCUGGUCGUCCUCGUGGUCCCCACUCUCCACAUCGUUCGCGCUGGUAUCGAUGAAAACAUCGCCUUCCUGUUACUGGGCUUUGGGAUCGUCCUAUCAGACGACAGGAUGGAGGUCGUCAAGAUCGUGACUUUCUACACUUGGUUGCUGGAAGUGUGCUACCUCUGUGCAAUGACCCUGUCUUGUUUGGUCAGUCUCAUUAUGCUCAUGAGGUCUAUGGUUCUCCACAGGUCCAACCUGAAAGGUCUGUACAAAGGAGACAUUUACAACAUUUACAACAGCCAGAAAACCAUCUGUCCAUCUAAACCUGGCGUUGUUUGCUGGAUGGGCUUGACGGGGUUCCAGGCUGCAAUCGUCUGCCUCGGAAUGGCCGUCCAGACUGUUGUGUUUUUCAUCUGCUUCUUGUUCCUGGUGUUUUUGAUCAUCAUCCCUGUUUUUUACGGCCGUAACCUCAUCGUCUUUGAAAUCGCUGGAAAGGCAUGGCCAGCCUGGGUCACACUCAUACUGGUUACUGCGCUUCAACAUGUGACCGCUAAGUUUGCGUUUAUCAAGAAGGAAGCUGGAACAAGAGACUUGAAAAACAGAGAGAGUCUGUUCCUCCUGACGUACCUGCUCUUUCUGGUCAACACCGUUCUGGGACUGAUAGUCGCGAUAUGGAGAAUGGUGAUCACAGCUUUGUACAACAUCAUCCAUCUCGGUCGCAUUGACAUCAGUCUGCUGCACCGCACCUCAGAGUCCUAUGACCCAGCCUACCGAUACUACACCCAGUUCUUGAAGGUGGAGGUCAGCCAGUCACACCCGGUGAUGAAGGCUUUCUGUGGGCUGCUGGUGGACAUGAUGGUCGAGGGCUGCAGAGCUGGGCAGAAAAUACGGGACGCGGAGGAAGGGAUCCAGGAGAAUAGGCCGAGCAAGGCGACCAGCAGCCGGAGGAUUCGCUCUCGCUGGCAGCUGCUGUACACGCUGGUCAACAACCCGUCCCUGCUGGGCUCCAGGAAGCACUUCCAGACGCUGCAGACCUCAGAGAGCAUCCUGAACGGCACCCCCAACCGCAGCUCCAAGAAAGGCAGCAAGAAGGAGGCCAGCAAGGCAGCCGCCGAGCCGGUCCAGUCCACCGAGGCCCCAACAAAUCAAGAUAAAACUGAAUGA